AUGGGUGUCGAUCUAACAACAGCAGGGGUGACACUUGUUCCCCAAGGCGUCGGAUAUGGCCUCCUCAUCGGCCUGGGCGUCCUCUUCUGCGCGGUUAUCAUCAUCGCUGUCAGAAUCCAAAAGUCAUAUUUAGCUGAAGACUCGGGCAAGUCGGAGAUGUUCAUGGUGGCGAAUCGAACGGUGGGAACGGGGUUGACGGCGUCAGCGGUGUUUUCAUCGUGGAUGUGGAUUGACGAGACGGUGUCGUCGGCGGUGCAGUGUUAUCGCUUUGGACUUGCUGCGCCAAUGUGGUAUGGAUCUGGUCUCUGCUUUCAGAUCGCACUCAUGGCGAUAUUGGGUGUGUUGGCAAAGAUUCGCGUGCCGUAUGCGCAUACUUCAUUGGAGAUCAUCAGGAUGCGAUAUGGACGAGUGGCACAUGUUGUAUUCCUGAUGUUGAAUAUAUUCUGCAAUGUGUUUGGGUGUGCGUCGAUGAUUCUGACUGGAUCGCAAUUAAUCCAUGGCAUUUCGGGGAUGCACUUCGUUGCUGCUACCAUUUUGAUUCCGCUUGGAGUGGUGUUGUAUACUGCAACUGGUGGAUUGAAAGCGACAUUCCUUACUGACUUUCUCCAUACUGCCAUUGCACUUAUUCUGAUCAUCUACUUUACGCUUUCCAUCCUCACCCAUGAUGCUAUCGGUGGUUUGUCUGGAUUGUAUAACAAAGUACAGGCUGUUGCAGCAGACAACUACAUCCAGGAUAACUACCAAGGAUCGCUGUUGACAAUGAAGUCCAAGGGUGCGAUAAUCUGGGGCUUGAUUCUCAAGUUUGGCAAUCUCGCCUUGGUUGUGAUGGACACUGCCUUCUGGCAAAAAUCAUUCGCAACCGAAGUCAAAGCAACUGUUCCUGGCUACAACCUCGCAGCCAUCGCCAUCUUCGGCGUCCCAUGGGGCUUGGGCACCGUUAUUGGACUUUCUGCACGGGCUCUGCAUAAUACGCCCAUCUUCCCAACUUAUCCAGGUGAAUUCACUUCAGAAGAGGUGCUUUCUGGAUUCGUCAUGCCGUACACCAUCAAAGCGCUCAUUGGCAGUCAAGGUGUUAUCGCAUUUAUUGUCCUCCUCUUCAUGGCAUUAACGAGUACUGUAUCUUCCUCCAUGAUUGCCGUCAGCAGUAUUCUCUCCUUUGAUCUAUACAAAACAUACAUCAACCCAAAGGCAUCCGAUAAGCGACUUAUCCAUGUCAGCCAUCUGACAGUCAUCUUCCACGCCGUCUUCAUCACGGCUUUUUCCAUUGUACUGAAUUAUGGCGGCGCAAAUAUGACCUGGCUGGGAUACUUCCGACCGAUUCUUACUUGUCCUGGUAUCAUCCCGUUGAUAUUAACAUUGACAUGGGAUGGGCAGACACGGUUGGCUGCUAUUUUAUCGCCGAUACUAGGUUUUGCGACUGGCAUUGCCGUCUGGCUGAGUACGGCGUCGUCGAUGUAUGGAGGUGUUAAUCUGAGCACUACCAUGCAGCAGGCACCCAGUUUGUAUGGCUCUAUAGCAUCCUUUUUCUCGCCGGCGCUGUACUCUGUCAUCAUUUCGCAGUACAAGCCGUAUAAAUUCGACUGGAGGGAGUUUCUCCGAAUCGAGCUCGUCGACUCAUCUGAUUCAGAGGACACUCACCCAGAAAACAGUGAAAAUCCAUCGCCUACAGGCAAAGAAGCGACAGAAAAAACCACGGCCGUGACAGUUCACCCUCAACCAUCUCAAUCCGUCGACGAUCUCCGCCAUCCCUUCGACAGCGACACCCUCACCCAGCUGCACCGAUGGUACAAGAUCGCCUGGGUAACGUGGAUUGUGUUAAUCCUGCUCACAUUCGUUGCCUGGCCAAUGCCGCUAUACCGCGAUUACAUCUUCACCAAAUCCUUCUUCUCCGGGUGGACGACGGUGGCGAUCAUCUGGCAGUUUGUCGCAUUUGGCGCGGUGGUGAUCUUUCCUGUUUACGAUGGGCGAUAUGAAAUAUGGAAGGGACUGAAGGGGAUCAAGAGGAGUUUUGUCGGUUGA